AUCUGACACGAGAGGAGGCAGAUGCGGCUGGGGAUCGAGCCCCUGACGUGAGCCCUUCUCUCGGCAUGUCAGCCGCGCGAAUCCCCCGUGGAGGCCAGCCCUGGGGUGGGGUGAGGGUCUCCCCUUCUUACCCCCCCUCCCCGGAUCCCCAGAUGGGCUAGCGAGGCCAGAGAAGGGCCCGAUCCGCCAGGCAGACCGUGCUCCGGCCUUCUUCCCGUUCUCAUUGUCGCAGCGGCAGGCGGGCCCUCCUCCUCCUCCUCCUCCUCCAUGGUGCAGCUGUUCGCCCUGGUGUGGCGGAGGCUGCUCCGCAAGCGCUGGGUCCUGGGAGUCGUUUUCGGGCUGUCCCUCAUCUACUUCCUCAGUAGCACCUUCAAGCAGGAAGAGCGGGCGCCACAGGAUCGAAAUCUCCCCCAAGUGCAAGACGAAGACCAUCCAAUCGCGUGGAAAGUCCAGUUCAGCUCAGGAAAUGGCAGUCAGCCAAGUAACCAGUGCCGGAAUUCUGUCCAGGGGAAGCUGCUGAUCACAGAUGAGCUGGGUUACAUCUGCGAAAGGAAGGACUUGCUGGUAAACGGCUGUUGCAACGUUGAGGCGCCCAGCGCGAAGUUGUACAGCUGUGAGACCUGUCUGCGCAACGGGUGUUGCAGCGUGUAUGAGGCCUGCGUUUCUUGCUGCCUGCAGCCCAACAAGCAACGACUCCUGGAAAAUUUUCUGAACCGAGCAGCCGUAGCUUUCUGGAACCUCUUCAUGGCUGUGGAAGAUCAGUUUGAGUUGUGCCUGGCCAAGUGCAGGACCUCAUCACAGAGCGUGCAGCAUGAAAACACUUAUCGCAACCCCAUUGCAAAAUAUUGCUACGGCGAGUACCCCCCGGACCUCCUGUCCAUGUGAAACCGGCGAGGAAACCAGCAGGAGCAACCCAUGAGAAAGAGGCUGAAGACUUGCUCUUCCCUUCCUCACAACAUCCUAAUUGGGGUGGGGAGGCAUUUCGGACCGCAGCAUCCGCCAUAACCUCGUGGAAGAGCCUCCCUUGAAUCGUUGGCCUGUUGCUCCCUCCCUGCCGUUGAAACGUGGCGUCUAAAGCCAUGCCAAUCCUCCCCACCGCCAGAGUCGGAGGACCGUGUCGGGCAUUGCAUCGUGGGUCCGGUCAGUCAAGACCCAUGUUGAAAUAUGUACUUGGAAAUUUAGAGCCUUGUAGCUCGUGGCCGUUUUGGGGGUGGGGAUGGACGGACAAAACCGUGAAGGACGAUGGCAAGCCCAUUCGAUGGGAGAAGAAUGCCAAGCGCCUCGCCUGGGUGGGGGCAGACAUCCUGCGCCCUUAAUGCAGGCUGUUUUAUGUAAAUAAGAAUUAUUUAUUGGGAUAAUACGGAGAGGGGUGUGCUGGCCCGAAAUGUAUUGAUUCCGGAAGGGCGUCAACAUUGGUCUUAAGAUGGAAGACUUGGAUUAAUUUCCCCAAGCUUUACUUGUCUUGCCUGGGCUCUGUUCCUUGAUAGGAUUGCCUGUUUGCUUGCCUGCAAAGUGCAUUUGGUGCCUCCUCUCCCCCACUCCCAUUUUCAGAUCUCACAGAGCUUCUCUGCAAAUAGACAAAUUGAGCUGGCGUGAUUUGAUGGUGGGUCGUGGUGGGUGGAGGAGGAAGGAGCAAGCCCCAAGAAGGCCUGGUCUGUAAAUGCCCUUGGUUCAUACAAAGCAUGUGCUUGCGGCUUUCAGUUCGAUGUGGUGCUGCAGUGGCAGCCCUGUGGGGCAGGCCGUAAAUGGCCCACGAUGCUUCGCUGAUCCCGGUAAAGGGAGAUUGGUAGACAAAUACAUCCACAUUUUACAAUGCCUCUCCUGUUUUAUCAGGCUGACACAGGUGCCGGGUUAGCUGAUGAAAUCUCUCUCUAGCCAAAGAGUGCUUUAAUGCUAGGUUGGGGCUGGUCAUGGAAGCCUUGUUGUCUCUCCGGUGAUCUCUUUGAAAGCAGCGCCUGAUCAGUGUUGGUGCAAACUUCUGCCAUGGCCACUGUGUCAAUCUGCAUCUUCCUACGCCCCAUCCCAUCCAUCAAUCAAGCUGUCUCCCAGUCUUAGCCAUUGCUACCACUAAACACCCCCCCCCCCGGUAGAUCUUGAGCAGUGGGCAACGAAGCUCUCUGAAGAACCACAUGAGCCAGGAAAAGCAGUCAAUGUGUCUUUUCAGAUAGCUUGGCCACCCACCACUCGCUCUGAGAGCAUCCUCACAACGGCCGACGAUGGCGGAAGGUGAAUGGGAGAAGUGGCAGCAGCAAAGAGUGGAUGGAUGAGGAGUAUGGCAGGUCCUCCUGAUGGAGGGAGGGGCACACAAUUUGCCGCUCCUCCUGCACCACCGCCUAAGGUGAGGCAUUCCCCUUGCCUCAUGAAUGGGCCGGCCCUGCUCCAGAUUGUUCUGAAAAAAGAAUAUGCGCAUGAGAUUUUAAAUAGGUGUGUGUGUGUGUUAGGGAGUGAUCUCAUCCUUCAAGGCUGUCUCCUCUUGGUCUAGGCAGGCUGGUUUGUAUCUACUUGGUUCUCAGUCAUGACUUGCCAUGGCUGAAACAGCCAGAGAACAGAGCUCUUCAGGCCUGAAGGAUAUUGAUUUUUCCACUUCUCAGCAUGAAAUAAUACACUGCUUAACAAAUUCAACUUCUUGGUCUGCAUCAUUACAAGGAAACCUGUUCUCCCUGUUGCUGGUGGGGGAAACACCAGAGGUGGGCUUUCUGAAUGAGAAGGUUUUUUCUUAGUGUGCGGUAAACUACCCUUUCCUCACCCUGAGCUCUUCUGAUGUUUUGGACUUCAAUUCCCAUCAAUCUGAGCCAUCCUAGCCAAUGGUCUGGAAUGCUGGGAGUCAGCCUU